AUGAAACCAUUAAAUUACAAAGAAAAAAACAACAACAACAAACCCCUGAUGAAUACUGAUGAUCUCGGUUCUUCAUCAGAAGACGACCUAUUGGCCUCUAGCCAAGAGACCUUGGUCGAAAUGUCAGGCAGCGUGGGUGACCGUCACAGCACUCUACUGCCCUCCAAAAACUUGACAAAUGCUUCUCUUCAAUCGGAUGCCAAGGCAGGCGACCAAUUGAAGAAGAAAAGAAAAAAGAGGAAGAGUCAGAAAGACAUCCUCAAAUCCCGAUACACCAAGGCGCGAUUUAUUCUUGACAAGAUUGACAAGAAUGCUGCCAGCGGUGCUCCCCAUGAGCGUGAUGAGGAAGAUCGCGCCAAAUACCAGGCUGUGGUAGACGAGUACCAAAAGUUUUUGGAUGCCGUACCCAGCACUUCAAAGGCAGCAGCCGAUGAAACAGAGAGGUCCAAGCGAAAUCGCUCUCAGGCAGAGGGAGAAAAAUCGCCUAAACGGAGAAAGGUUGCCGAAAAAAAAGCCGCUCCGGGACCUACAUCCACCACGACUACUUCCGCCAGACGGCCUUUCAAUGAGGUGGUUAAAGACCAUCUUCUUAUGGCUCUGGCGACCGAGAAAGACGGCAUCAUGAAUCCUGUGGUAACAGAAUGGGGUGCUAUCGAGUCCAAAUUAGCUGAACUCGUUAUGGAACACUUGUUCGCUAAUAGGACUGGUACGGCACCUCGCUUUGACUCUGGUGAAAUCCACCGGGGCUACAGGGUGAUCAAAUGCAUGGACGAGUUCUCAAAGGACUUUCUUAGCAAAUGCAUCGCUAAGAUUAGCGACGCAUGGGAUGGUUUAAGCCUCAAACUGAUCCCUGCUCAAGAAAUUCCAAUGAGACCGCGUGCACGUAUUUGGUUACCGAAGAUGGCAACCGAUGCACAUAAAAUGUUGGAGUGUUUAAAGCUUCAAAACCCCAACAUCCACAUGGAUGACUGGUCCAUCAUCCGUACUGAGCAAGGCGAUGGCCAUACAUGCCUUAUCCUCGCCAUCACCGAAUCUGGCUCAGUCGAGCUUGAGAAGGCGGGCCUUAAGCUGUUCUUCGGAGUGAGGGACGCUAAGGUUAAGGUGUUCCGGCCCUCAGGUACGGGUAGCGGUGAAGCGGAUGAGGUUGAAGCAGCAAACUCUCUGCUCACAGAAAUGAAGCUAUCCGAACUCCCACCAAAAACCGACAAUGGCGCUCAAGGUAGUGCAGAUUAA